UUUAAACAUUUCUUAUAAUAAUAAUGUGCUUUUUGGCGCCCUGCUGCAAAUGUCUCUGCAAGUGUUCGACGCUCAGAGCCUGCAUCUUGUGGGCCUGCUGGAAUAUCAUUUUUGGACUGCUUUUAAUUGAUCAAGUUUUGAGCCUUGUGAAGGCACAAAAACUGGCAGCCGCAAUCCAAAUAAUCGGCUGUCUGUCCGGCGCGGGUUUCACGCUCUCCGGCCUCAUGCUGCUCGCUGGCAUUUUGCUGGUAAAUCGCAUUAAAUUCUCUGCAAAAGAUUGCCCAAUUCCUCACUUGUUUCCCCCCACAGGCUUCGCGCUGCUUGGUCUGCUCUUCGAUAAUUGUCUGUGGCCUGAGCACACUCGUCAUACACUGGCUGAUUCUGCCAUUGGCUAUCAAAUAACAGAAAUGGCGGCGAACGUGGACUUGGAGCCAACUGUCUGA